AGAAAUGACUUGUAUUCUCACUGAUUCACAUCACUAGGACUGGUUCGACAUUCACCCCACUAUACUACAACAUUUGCAAUAGGCAGAAAAAUCUAUUAUCAAAUUGGCGCCGUUGCCAAUCCUAGUCUGAUUGUGACAUUGAGUUUGAGUCUUUGCUUGAGACUGAGUUUUACUUUGUUUUAAAGUUACUAAUUCUACUUCUUCAUCUACUUGUGAUCGCAGGUGCAUGAACCUAAGAAGUAGAGGCACUACACAUCUUACUCCCUUGACAGAUAUCAAAACACUUGAAAGAGAGAACAUGAGAAGGUUAAGACAAGAAGAGCAAGAGGCUCAGAUACAAAGAUCAGAACCUAUGAUGGAACCAGUUCCAGAACAACCUCAAGCUGAAGAGGGCAAUGGUCAAGGAGCUGCCAACCUUCUACCUAGACAACCACAACGCCGAGCUAGGGCCAUCGGUACAUAUGAUCAACCUAACAUAAAUGGGAAUAGGUUGGGCAUUAGGGCACCGCCAGUUGCCAACAACAAUUUCGAGAUCAAGUCCAGCCUCAUCAACAUGAUUGAAAACAACAAGUACCAUGGACUUGCCUUGGAAGACCCACUAGAUCACCUUGACAGAUUUGAUAAGUACUGUGGCUUGUCAAAAACAAAUGGAGUUUCUAAGGAUGCUUUCAAGCUCAGAUUGUUUCCCUUCUCUUUGGGAGACAAGGCUCACACUUGGGAGAAAAACAUCUCAAGUGAUACUAUCACCACUUGGGAUGAAUGCAAGAAGGCCUUCCUCAACAAGUUCUUCUCUGCUACAAGGACUGCCAACCUUAGAAAUCAGAUCUCUGGUUUUCAACAAAGAGGACUUGAAGGAUUUUCAGAGGCAUGGGAGAGAUUCAGAAGCUACUUGUCUCAAUGUCCCCACCAUGGCUUCAACAAUGAGAGCUUGCUAAGCACUUUCUACAGAGGAGUCUUGCCUAAAUUCAAAAGCCAGCUUGACACUGCAAGCAAUGGAAACUUCUUGGGGAGGACUGUCGAAGAUGCAUUAGAACUCUUGGAGAACAUGGCACAGAGUGACUCUGUCUACAAUGAUGAAUAUGAUAGAAGAGACAGAGGUGGUGGAGGAGAAGAUAUGACCACAAAGAGAGAGCUGAAAGCACUUCAAGACAAGAUUGACAUGCUACUAUCAGAAAAGACCAAGAAAGAGGAGUUACAUAUGGUUGCUGAAGUUGAUGGAGUAGAAUGCCAAGAAGAUAUGUACUAUGUCAAUGCUCAGGGUACAUGGUACAAGAAGGAGCCUGACUAUCAAUACCAGAACAACUACCAACAGAAACCCUUCUACAACAACCAACAGAAGCCAUUCAACAACUACCAGCCAAGACCAUUCUACAACAAUCAGCCUAAGCCAUUCUACAACAACAACCAAGGUGGUUACCAACCCAAACAGAACUUCCCUCCGAGAUUCUCACCAAAACCAAGUCAACCUGCACAAGACCAAGCUGGAUCAUCAACACAACCUCCACAAGAGAGUAGUACUGAAGCUAUGCUGAAACAAUUAUUGGAGGGACAAGCAAGAAGUGAGAAACAAUUAGGGUAUGAGCUGAAAAAUCUCCACAACAAGAUUGAUGGGAAUUACCAUGAUCUAAACAACAAGUUCAAAGCCUUGGAGAACCAGUUUGUCUCUAUGACAGCCAGCUCAAGUCGCCAACAAGGUUCCCUACCUGGAAAGCCUGAACAAAACCCAAAGAAGACAAUGAAGGCAAUCACCCUAAGGAGUGGAAGAGAGUUGCCUCCUAAAGUUCUCAUUAAGGAUAAUGAGAAACAAGGUGGGGAGGUGGUCAUCAAUGUAAAUGAUGAUGUGGUGAUUGUGGAUGAGAAGACUAAUGAGGAAAUCUUGGAGAAGAUAGUUGAAGCUAAGGGCAAGAGAAAGAUUGGAGAGGAAAAAGUUGAGAACAAAAAUGAGGCUGCUACAUCAACAAAGGAGAAAUUGUUCACUCCUCCUCCCUAUGAGCCAAAGCUUCCCUUUCCUGGAAGAUUCAAGAAGCAACUCCUAGAGAAGUACAAAGCCUUGUUUGACAAGCAAAUGAGUGAAGUUCAGCUCACCAUGCCCAUAAUUGAUGCAUUUAUGCUGGUUCCACAAUACAGCAAGUUCUUGAAAGAUGCUGUAGAACAAAAGAAGAAAGAGAUGGAAGGGAUGGUGACUCUUACUCAUGAGUGCAGUGCCAUUAUUCAGAGACUGACUGUCCCAAAGAAGCUAGAAGACCCUGGUAGUUUCACCCUGCCAUGUGCCAUUGGAUCUUUGACAUUUGAGAGAUGUCUAUGUGAUUUGGGAGCAAGUGUCAGCCUCAUGCCACUAUCCAUUGCCAAGAAGCUUGGGUUUACACAAUAUAAAAAGUGCAAGAUCUCUUUGGUGCUAGCUGAUCGAUCUGUCAAGCUCCCCAUUGGCAUCCUAGAAGAUCUUCCUGUCAAGAUAGGAAAUUGUGAAGUGCCUACUGACUUUGUAGUGCUUGAGAUGGAUGAAGAGCCUAGAGAUCCUUUGAUCUUUGGAAGACCUUUCUUGGCAACUAUUGGAGCAAUGGUGAAUGUGAGAAAUGGCACAAUUGAUCUCCACCUUGGAAAAGAUCACAUUCUCCAUUUUGAUAUCAAGGAGAUGAUGAAGAAGCCCACAACUCAAGGAGAAAUAUUCUACAUUGAUGAGAUGGAUGCCUUGGAUGAUAAUUUCCUUGAGGAGUUAGCGAUUGAGGACUCUCUUCAACAUGCCCUGACCAUUGAAAGAGAGACCCAAAUGAUUGAAAACAAGGAUAGUGAUGAGCUAGUAAGAAGGCUAGAUGUUCACCUUGAGAAGGAUGGAGAAGAUGAGUUCAUGGAGUUGCCACAAAUGACUCAACAUGCUGCCUCAGCAGACAUUCAAGAGAACCUCCAUGAAGCUGAUUGGAGUGAGCUCAAGGCACCAAAAGUGGAGCUUAAACCUCUUCCCCAUGGUGUAAGGGUAUUACAGAGAUGUGAGGACACUAACCUGGUGCUCAAUUGGGAGAAGUGUCACUUCAUGGUCAAGGAAGGAACCUCGGUUCCACUUUCCGAUCCCAAACCAGCCUAAACCAAAAAGGGGUAGUCAAGCUAGAGACUUAAAACAAGCUCACUUGGGAGGAAGUCCCAUGUCUAUCCCUAUAUAUAUUAUUGUUUUACUUGUGUGGUUUUUCUUUUGUGUGUUUGAUAAGUGUGUUUAAAAUUUUCAGGUGAUUCUCCACUUAAUCAAAGAAUAAAGAUGGCCAUCCAGCAAAGCUACAAGUGUUAAAAUUAUUCAACUCCAUCUAGCAACUCCAAGCUAAGUGUCUCUACAACCAUUGUAAAUAUAUAGUUUUCAUGUUUGUUUCUUCUAGACCUCUUCUUUCACCUUGCUCUCACACAAGAGACUGUGUGAAGUAAGUGUGGGGGGAGAGUCUACUUAUCUCACAUGUUUUCUGUUUUGUUUACUUGUCAUAAGCAUUGCAUAUCCAUUUGCAUAGAAAAUCCAUAAAAAUUUGCAAAAUUCCAAAAAUUACAAAAAAAAAAAAAAAAACAUUUAGUUAUAUCAUUUGCAUCUUUAGGUUUGAGUCUAGAUCAUAUAGAAUGCAUAGGUAAAAUCCCUACAAAGGACUCAUGCAAUGAACUCAUUGUUGAUACCCUUUUGAAUCAUAAUAAGUAGCUUGAGCUUCUUCUGAAUUUCUUGUAGACUUCGAGCUUUGAAAACUCCUCUUAAGACUCAUUGAAUCUUACUCUUUGAAACCAACUCCGAUCUUAAUUGACUAAAAUGAACUUAAUGCUUCUUGCUUAUGGUCUCUUGAGUACUAAAUCAUGGCUUUACACACACUUGAGCUUGUAUAAACCGUUUUACCAAUCUUUUUGACAACUCAAGUGGUAGUCCAUACCCUAAACCCUUCCCUUCUUUCAAACCAUCAUUAAUUGUUGAGUGAGGUCUUUUUGUGAAAGCUUGUCAUGUGCAAAAUCUUGAGAGUAUUAGGAGCGACAUUGAUUUGUUCUCAUCUCUUGCUAGCAUUAGGACCUCUUUUGGGCUAGCAUCUAGGAUGGUGGUUGGAAUGAUGUGCUUUAAUUAUUUUGAUCUUGAGGAUUGAAUUGGGAAAGAUUAUGUAAAGGAAAUGAAUCAAAAAAGUGUCUUAAAAAAAAAAAAAAAAAAAGGGAGAUAGCUCAGAUUGUGUCAAUAAAAACCCCAAAAAGAAAAGAAAAAAAAAAUAAGAGAAUGGGGAUAACAAUUUUUUGAGCUAAGAUACAUAGUUGUUAAGACAAAGAAAAGAAAAGAAAAGAGUGUUCAUUGUGUAAGAGAUGAAAAUGGGUGUAUAUUUGGGAUUUGAGAUGAAGAAAAGAAAGGGUAGAACUUAGAAAUUGUCUAGGAAAAGGGUACAAUGAUGAGAACCGAUUUAUGUAUGCAUUAAUUGCUCCUUUUCUUAGAUAAAUUUUGCACAAUGAUCAAGCUCCUAUUCUUGAGUGUAAGUCACCAUAGCAAAAUGUAUUUGGACCCUUCUCAUUCUUCACAUUAAGCCAUUUUUUCUCACCAAACCAAAUGAUUUGGACCAAUUGGCAAUUUGCGAGAAUUCACUUAUGAUAUUUCUUAUUGAAUGUGAGAGUUGGUUGAUUUGAGAAUUCAUGAUAAUGAGUUAAAAGAUCAAAGGAAUUGAUAGGCCUAGAGAAGUUAGAGCUAAUAAAAACAUCUUGCUCUUGCUAUUUGGUAUGAUUUUGUAAGGAUAUCACAACGAUGGCAUGAAGAGUUUCUUAAGGUCAUGAAUUUCUAUUUGUGUAUUGAAACAUCACUUCCCAUGUUCUUGAAAGUUUACUUGAGGACAAGUAAAGGACUAGUGUGGGGGAGUUGAUGUGUUGUGAUUUUUCAUAGUUUUAGCUUUGUUAUUUCAUAUAUAUUCAUGCAUUAACCUUACGUUUAUUUGCAUUUAGAGUCUAUUGCAUGUACAUUUGCAUCUUGUAGGUGUUGGAUGAAUUGUUUGGAGUUUUGGAGGUGAUUAGAGCACAAAAGGAGCUUUCGAGGAGUCUUGAACCGAACGUGUGAAAGACAAGCAUUGAUGAAGGUCUUAAAGAUAUCUUUUGAAACUUGUCUUUUGGGAAGACAUGGUAAAUUGAGUUAGCUUUACAAUGGAGGUGGUUUCAAGUCGUUUGGAGCUGUAUUGAGGGAUUUAUGAUCAAAAUACUACACACAUAUCAGUAUGACAUUCCUAGCGGCCACCCUAGCAACAUCAACAAUAGCCUUCGAAUUUUAAGCCUUUAGACUCAUUUUUAUUCACUUAAAACCUAUAAAACUCAUUACUAUUCAUUAUUCUUCUUAUUUUUGGUAUUCUAAAGGUGUGUGCAACAUGGAGAAAGUGGAGAAAACUUUAAUGAGUGAGUUUUAUCUCUUUAAAGCUUGCAACAUGGGGGAUGGGUUGUCUAUCAUGAGUUUGGUGGUUCUUUUGGCCUAACUUUCUCUACCUUUUCUGAAGAGGCAAGACUACUUUGGCCAUAUGAAGGGGCAAAAGGUGUUCUAUAAUGGAAGAAAGUGGAGAAUAACUUUUAUGAGUGUGUUUUAUGCUUUAUGCUUUCACAUGAUGGAUGUGUUGUCAUCCUCCUUUACUUAGGCUAUAAAAGAGACUGCAAGGGGAAGGAGGAAGAGACACAAUACACAGAGUACAAUACAACAAAGAGUAGAGAGUGAAAGUUUUAUAGUUUCAUAUUUUGUAUUUUGAGAGUUUGAGAGAAAACAUUUGUUCUUGAGCUGUUCUUCAUUGUUCA